AUGCUCGGGCUGCCUCAAUCGGCCAUUCCCUCAACGAAGUCGAACGGUCCAUGCGCCGAUAGGCAGACAAAAUGCAAGUUAAACGUUCCUCCCCCUCCAACAACAGGCUAUCGAGCGUCGCGCGAACGUGGCGAGCCGCCCUCCAAGCGAAGGCGGACCGACGAAACAUGUCGUGACGAUGCCUUUACUUCCAUCAAGCAAGAUAUUGGCGACUUUAUAUGGAUAGACCAAGACAGCCAGUUCCACACUGCGCCUGUUCCACCUAUCGAGGCUGUCAGCGCAGGAACCGAGGUGGAAGACCUCUUGAGUAUCCUGCGCUUCCGAGAUAUUGGCCCCCAGACAGUCGCUCCUAGCUUCGAGGAUGAGACACUCGAAAGCAUUCGACGCAUUCUCGCAGAUGAGGAUGACGCAUUGUUCAGUCCAGCGACGGGUCAGAGCAACGGUUGUCAAAGCUCGGAGUCACCUACCGAGGAGGUCUGCUUUGGAACGGUGGGCCCGAUGCCCCUAGCCUUGAACCCCGAUAAACCCCCCGUGUUGCCUACAACUCUUGUCAAGAUACACGUGUUGCACAACGUCCGGCUCGAUUACGAUGAUGGGUCGGUAUUUCUCGACGAUGGCUCGAUCAUCGGGCAGCUCGACUUGCGAACUGCUGAGAUUCUUCGUGAGCUAGAUUCGGAUGCCAGGAUAUCGAUACAGGUCCGCUGUGUCUUAUCACGCGCCGAUACUCAAGGCCCAAAACAUAGGGAUGGCCGUCUCUUCUCGGAAGUCCGUGCGACCCUGGCAGCAAUUAUUUACGGCCCUUAUCUUCUGUACGACCAAGUGGGAGACUUUUUCGAAGACUGCGAUGUCUGCCUGCAAGACCCUCCAGCCGGCUGUGCCCGAAACGUUCGAUAUAGAAACCCACACAAGCUCUGUGGCCAGGAUAGCGAUGCUCCAAUGACAGUAGACACAGCACUUCUUGCCCGUCAUGACAAUACAGUCAACCAAGAGCUUUCAACAGAACAUCUAGACCACCUAGACUUUAACGGGGAUCUUCCCGAAGCAGAGGUACCGUCAGCCCUGUGCACUCAACUCCAUAAACACCAGCGGCAGGGUCUCUAUUUUAUGAAAACGAGAGAGCGUGGCUGGUGUGCGGAAAAUGGCCUCAAAGAUAUCUGGAAAACGACAGAGGUCUGUGGCGUCCUGAUGUAUUGGAACACAAUCAAUGAUGACGUCCAGGAGGAGCCGCCUGAAGAAUUCAGAGGAGGGCUUCUGCUGGAUGACAUGGGUCUGGGAAAGACCUUGACAGCCAUCUCGCUCGUUGCCUCCGACUUGGACAGCGGUGGCACUGCUGGAAUGCUCGCUUGGCCACGAUCCUUCCACCCAUGCAGCCAGGACAUGCGAUGCACCUUGGUCAUUGUGCCUCCGCAAUUACUGCAAAUGUGGGAAGAGCAGCUGUCUACACAUUUGCACCCAGGAAGGAUGCGUUGGACCAAACAUCAUGGUAAUCAUCGUCUCUCUCAGCUCUCCCAAAUAAACAAUUUCGAUGUGAUCCUCACCACCUACAACACAGUCGCAUCGGAGGCCAAAACCUCAAGCAUUCUGUUUCAAGCUCGCUGGCGCCGCAUCAUCCUGGACGAGGCUCAAGAGGUUCGCGACCCACAUACGCAGACUGCGAAGGCAGUAUGUGCACUGAAGGCAGACAGACGAUGGGGGAUCACAGGCACACCUAUACAAAACCAUCUCACCGACUUCCGUGCACUUCUACAGUUUCUUAGAGCACACCCUUAUCACGACCAGACAGUUUUCGCGAGAGAUAUUACCGACAUCUGGCAGAAGACCGAUCCCGAAGCUGCAAUGCAAAGGUUAAUGCGAAUCAUCGCAUCCGUGAGCCUUCGUCGGUCGAGGAAGGCUCUUGUUCUUCCUGCCCGAAUCCACCAAGAUACCUUUCUACCAUUCAGUCCAACGGAGCUCGAACUGUACGAGCCACUGGAGGCACAGGUCAUGAGCAUUCUCAACCAAGAAAUAGCAUCAACCGAUACGUCCACGAAGAGAAACGCUUUGAAAGGCCUCAAUUCACUCCGUCUGAUAUGUAAUUUUGGCACCCUUGCAGACAUGAAGCAUUUCAGACCCUAUGUUACCGAAGCUCAAGAGAUUUUCGACAACCUGCUGAUGGCCGGCGAUACCUCCUGCUGCAAGUGCGCAACUAAUAUAGCAUCCGCGACAGGACCAAGCGAAAAUUGCUCAGGCGUCCCGGCAUUCGAAGUGCUGACAGGAGAACCUGCUAUAUCUCACUGCGAGAAGUACCUAUGUGGGAACUGCAAUCUUGAAGCUCAACACAAUGAUGGUUUCUCCCUGGGGUGGUGUGGUCACAGUCCGCCCUGUACCGUACAGACCGUCCGAGUCACCGAUCCUUCGUCAUAUCUGCACCGACCCUCUGUCGACCAGCUGAAACUCGGCGACUAUCCCACCAAGAUCCGAGCGCUGAUCAAUGAUCUGCAAGCUUUCCCGACUGCAAAGUCCGUCGUGUUCUCAGCAUGGCGAAUGACACUAGACCUGUGCGAUUAUGCACUGUCACUUGCCUCCAUCCCCUUUGUACGCUUUGACGGCACAGUCAGCGAGCCUGACCGCAAAGACGCACUCUCUCGGUUCAGGACUGAUCCAGAAAUCAAAGUCAUCCUGAUCACCAUCUCAUGUGGCGCAGUCGGCUUGGACCUGACUGCCGCUAACCGUGCUUACAUCCUGGAGCCGCAAUGGAACCCGACCGUCGAAGAUCAGGCAUUCGCUCGCAUUCAUCGCAUGGGCCAAAAGAGACCUGUCACAACAAUUCGAUUCUUGAUGAAAGAUUCCUACGAGGAAGAAAUCGUCCAUGUACAGAAACAAAAGCGUGAUUUUGCUGACUUGCUACUGAGCGAGAAGAAAGGCAAAAACGGCAAGGGAGUUCAGAAAGAUAUGUCCCUUGCAUAUGAGACCGUUAAACGUCUAAUUGGUCGGCGGUGA